CAAAACUCUGGCGGACAUCAAAGGAACCCUAGCUUUUCUCCGGUCUUCCAUCGCCUCUUUCGCCGCCCAUCGGUGGUUUGAUUUCAAAUCCAAGAAGAAGAAGAAACGUAAUAUUAAUAUUAAUAUUAAUCUCCUCCUCAGGAAGAUGCUUUGGAUUAUGAGAUUCUCCGGUUUAUUCUCCGCCGCUUUGGUCAUCAUCGUCCUCUCUCCUUCUCUCCAAUCUUUUCCACCAGCUGAAGCCAUCAGAUCCUCUCAUCUCGACGCCUACCUCCGCUUCCCAACCUCCGAUCCACAGCCCCAUAGGUUCUCCUUCAGAAAAGCUCCCGUCUUCCGCAAUGCCGCCGAUUACCCCGUCGCCGACAUCGAUUCCGGCGUCUGCAACCCUUCUUUGGUCCACGUCGCCAUUACUCUCGAUUUCGAGUACCUCCGUGGCUCGGUCGCCGCCGUGCACUCGAUCCUGAAGCACUCUUCGUGUCCCGAGAGCGUCUUCUUCCAUUUCCUCGUCUCCGAGACCGGCCUUGAGUCCUUGAUCCGCUCGACCUUCCCCGAGCUGAGGUUCAAGGUUUACUACUUCGAUCCCGAGAUCGUACGGACCCUGAUCUCGACCUCCGUCAGGCAAGCCCUCGAGCAGCCGUUGAAUUACGCCAGAAACUACCUGGCUGGUCUCCUCGAGCCCUGCGUGCGCCGCGUGAUCUAUCUAGACUCCGAUCUAGUCGUCGUCGAUGACAUAGCUAAGCUGUGGAAGACGAAGCUGGGAUCGAAGACCAUCGGAGCUCCGGAGUACUGCCACGCCAACUUCACGAAGUAUUUCACGGCGGCGUUCUGGUCGGACGAGCGGUUCUCGGGAGCGUUCGCGGGGAGAAAACCGUGCUACUUCAACACGGGGGUGAUGGUGAUGGAUCUAGAGAGAUGGAGGCGCGUGGGGUACACGGAGGUGAUUGAGAAGUGGAUGGAGAUCCAGAAGAAGAGUGAUAGGAGGAUAUACGAGCUGGGGUCACUGCCACCGUUCUUGCUUGUAUUCGCCGGAGAGGUGGCUCCGAUUGAGCAUCGGUGGAACCAGCACGGGCUAGGUGGAGAUAACGUGAGAGGAAGCUGCAGAGAUCUACAUCCAGGUCCGGUUAGCUUGCUUCAUUGGUCCGGUAGUGGUAAACCGUGGUUCCGGUUAGAUUCCAGACGGCCUUGUCCACCUGAUACUCUUUGGGCACCUUAUGAUUUGUAUGGACACCACAACUCACGCUGAUGAUCUCUGUUUGUACAUAUUAUAUAGUCUCUCUCUCUCUCUCUCUCAGUCUCAGCUGGUAAAUUCUCUCCUUCAUUCACUGAAAACAAAAUUAAAUUCUUUCUUCUUUCUCUCCAUUUUUUUUCUUUCUCUUAUGAUUUUUACAGACUUUUGGAAUUUGUUUCUUCGUCCUCCUCUGUAUUCUAUUCGAUUGUUCUGUGCAUUGAAAUAAAAAAAAAUGAAAAAAAUAAAAAAAGAAGAAGAAGAAGAAGAUAGGAGAUACUGAAUUCAGAUUUGUUGUACAGACUUUUUUACCAUAUGUUUUUUAUAUAUAUGAUUCUGUCAUUUUUUUUUC